AUGUUCUACCCCCCGAUAUUGGGACUCCCGACUUGGUUAUGGAAGGCGUCGACGCACCAUCCGCUGGCCCCUGUUGAGGCAAGGAAUUAUGGAUGCUGGUGCACUUGCUGCACUUCAAAAUGCGGCUUCAUUAUUAUGAUAAUACUGUGGAGCAUCUACACCGUCUUUAUGCUCACCGCCCUAACAUUUGCGGUCCUCGCCAUCCACCCUGCCGAUUAUGCAAAUAUCGUGACGAGGCUUGAGUUCUGGGCUUUCCUCUGCGCAAUCAUCGGCACCUUUUUCGGAAUACGUGCUAUUCAGACGCAGAAACCGGCGUGGAUGCAGCUCUUCCUAAUUGCUUGGACGCUAAUAACCGUGAUCCACACGGCGCUGCUCAUCUACAUCUGCAUCUACGAGAGAAAGGGGAGUGGUAGAAUUUUCCCGGAUCACCGUGGACAUCUGGAGGACGGGUAUGCUUGGCCAGUGCUGCUCGUCUCGGGUAUAAUUCUGGCCUUCUAUCACACCUUCAUGUCGCUGCACUUUGUUUCUUACUACCAUUAUAUCCGUGAUUGUCAACUGCAACUGGAGCAGCAACAUGACCAAAUGCAGUCAAUCCAGACCUACAAA